AUGAAUCGCAUGCCUCCUCCGGAAGGGCACCAUGCGCACCCAGGUCCGCAUACAGCAUACGAGCCCUCAUGGCGCCCUUCAUACUCCCCGGCAUUCGAUAACCACCCCUCCGACUCCCGCCGCUCCUCCGCAAACUCCCAGACGCCCCUACCGCCGCAGCCACCAGGAUACCCCGUGAUGCCCAACCGUGAGCUGCCACAGUUAACAUCGGAAGGCCCGUAUGGUCGCCCGAAUGGGCAUGGCCUGCCCCUGCAUGCGCCCGUGCAUUCCCCGCAGGACCCAAUUCCCCCUCACCCGAACUUCCACCAGCCGAUGAAUAGCGCGCCACACGAGGGUUCACCUGAUUAUCGCGCUCGUAUGGGCUACCCACACCCGGAUCAGAUCAGCAGCGCUGAACAUACACCUGUUUCGGGCGCUCUGCCUCCUGCUUCACAAUUCAUGACGCCCGUUGCUCAAAUGGCGAGUGCUACGCCGCCUGCAGGGUACGACCAAGCAUUUUACCAAAACCAGGCGUUUGGAGCACGCCAGCGUAAGGCAAAUAGAGCUACACAGGCUUGCGAUCAAUGCCGAGCUAGGAAAGCAAAGUGUGAUGAGGGACGACCAAAUUGUAGUCACUGCAAAGAGAACAAUCUUGGCUGUGUCUACAAAGAGGUGCCGCCGCACAAACAAGAGAAGACUACCCAGCUGGUAUUGGAUCGGCUCUCCCAAAUAGAGAAUCGCAUGGAGGAGCGAGACAACCGCAUGGAUGAGCGCUUCGAAAAAAUGCAAAAGCAAAUACAAGAGCAAAUGCUCAACAAUCUGGGCAAACAACCACCUCAGAAUGUCCAAAAACGUCCGACCCUCCCACCUCCACCGCCACCACCACCGCCACAACCACCAGUCAUCAAGCAGGACCCACCUCUCAAAACAGAGAUGCCUCCAACCCAGUCCUCAACUCCGAAUGUUUUAGACCCCGGGAGUCAGGACGUAGCCGCUUCGAAAUUUGCCCCAAAGCUUGGACCCAUGGACCCGAUGCUCGAGGACCAGAAGGAGGCCGAAGGAGAGCUCUCCAUUCCAGUGGAGCACACUACUGCAGCUCACAAGCUAUUGAUGUGGCCGUCAAUUAAGAGGUUGCUACACCCUGAAGAAUAUGAUGAGGAUUAUGUGAUGCGAUUGGAAGAAGAGCGCGGUCUUAUCAGCAUAUACGGCCAAGGCGAGAUCUCAUACACUGCGGAUGACAGUGAACUGCCAAUGGAUGGUGACUCUAAGGGUGCCCGACCCGAUGGGAAUGGCGCAGGACCGGAUGCUGAUGUCGACAUCGACGAAUUUGGGAACUUGAAGCUGGAUGCUGCGACUGCUAGGCGCUACUAUGAUAGCUACAUCGACCACAUGUUUAAGCUUCACCCAUUCCUCAUGUCAGGUGAACUCAGUAUCAAGGUCGAUAGCUUCAUCCGAUGCUAUUGUCGCCUCAAUACCUCACCAAGUUCGGCUUCCAAUUACACACGACUAGCUCGCGAUGGUCCGCCACCAGCCAAAAGGAGGCGGUCAAAUGAAAACCUGGGGGUGCGUGGCGAGUUCAUGGAGACUAUCUCCAACCCGCUUCGGCCACGAGUCGGUAAAAACAUUGACAAUGCCUUGAUCCUGCUGUGCCUGGCUCUCGGAGCUAUUUGCGAAGCUCGUGCCCCUCUCCCUGGGCCUAUCAUGGACAAGAAGCUUGACUACCUCAACCAGCCCAUUCCUACUCCGCUGCCACCAUUUACCCCCUCGCCGACUGUAAAUGGGACAUACGUUACCAAUGGUGUGCUCUCACCCGCAAACUCUGACUCGGCGGCCAUGCAGAUGUCGCUUUCGAGUUCUCUUUAUUCUCUGCCAACCCAGCCUCCUGGCCAAUCCUUCCAUAACAGUCCUUUCAACAAAGGCAUAGAAGGCCUGUCAAGGAGAGAUGUGACAAAGGCCCACGAUGAACAAGGGAACACGAGGAACUAUCAGGCCAUUCCUGGCCUAACUCUCUAUGGAUACGCGACCGCAAUAUUGGGCCACCUACAGGGUGGAAACGAGCUAGAACAUGUCCAGUGUGCGUUGCUCGCUGGUCUUUAUGCCGGCCAGCUGGCCCAUCCUUUCCAGAGCCACAGUUGGAUUUCUCAGGCUUCAAGGGCUUGCCAGGUUCUUGUGAGAACCAAGCGAUAUGAGCGACUCGAAGAGGGGGCUACGCAGGACUUGUACAACUUCGCGUACUGGACUUGUCUGCAAUUGGAGAGUGAUCUUCUCGCAGAGCUGGACAUCCCAGCGAGUGGCAUCUCCCGUUCCGAGGGUCGGAUGGCUAUUCCGAAAGGAAAAUGGACAAUUAUUCUACCGAACGAUCUCAACGCACCCCAAACGAUGAUGAUGCUGUUUUAUUCUGCCCAGAUCCAUCUACGCAAAGUCUUGAAUCGAGUUCAUACAGACUUAUACAAGGUCGAAAAGCAAGGCCAGACACGAUGGUCAUCCACCGUUCAAGAGGCUUUAAGCCUAAACCUCGACCUCUGGCGUGACAGCCUACCACAAAACAUGCAGUGGCUCGAAAGCGAUCCGCCAGCAAACGAAAUCAACGCCGCUCGCAUGCGUGCUAAGUAUUACGGCGCACGGUACAUUAUCCACCGACCCCUUCUCUACCACGCACUACACUACGGCCACACAGGUGCCCGCGUCGGUCCGGUCGGUCAGUCUUUAGUGGACUCGCCUACCUCGCAACAAUUGUCCCCGUCGAUGCUACACAGUGCCGCUCGGGCUCCGAACAUGGCGCGUAUGUCUAGUGACAUGGGCUCUAUGCCGGCCGCAGUCUCCACUGACUGGCAGCCCCCCAAAGUCCGCUUACAAGAUCUGCCGAAGAAGCUAAAAUCUGCCUGCGACAUCUGCAUUCAAUCGGCUAUCAAGAGCACGGAGGCUUUUGACGGCGUAGGCGGACAUCGGUUGAUCGUUACCAACAUAUUCGGCACUGCGCAUGCGCAAUUUGGCAAUAUGCUUGUCUUAUCUGCAACGUUUAUGUCAAGUCUCAAGGAGCUUGUCGAGCCGGAGCAACUCGAGCGCCUCCUCGUCCGCACAAUAGGCUUCCUCAUCCAAAGCGAAAACAUAUCCCCCACCCUCCGCGCCGAUGCUCGCAUUCUCACUGAGAUCUACCGGAAGAUCUUCCAUCAUCCUCCUGACUUGAGGCAAGCCAGCAUGAGCAGCCAUACUCCAAGCCUGAGCAGUCACACUCCAAGCCUGAGCAGCCAAACUACCAGCAUGAGCUUCCCUUAA